AUAUACACAACACUCGCAGACUCGCAGCUUUCCUUCAUAUUUUCCCACAAAUCAGGACCAGGCGGACCGUUGCUUACUCGGCGACCUUCGCAGGUCACCACCUUGAGUUGCAAAUAUGGCGGAUGGAUCACAGUAUCCUUCAAUUACCCAGAAGAUACAUGGGCAAUCUCAUUUCUUAUCUCGAAUUUCUCCUAACUUGCGCUCCAGGAAUACUGGUUUACACAAUAUGACUGGUGCCUAUGUAAAUGGAGGUCUGCAGAGUCCUCUGCCACCAACAUUCCAAGGCACUGGCCUGGAAUUUGCAUCACCACUAUCCUCUGUUUUCGUACAAGCUCCCGCAGAAAAAGGUUUUCGUAGUUUUAUGAUAGACUUCCUCAUGGGAGGAGUUUCUGCUGCUGUAUCCAAGACUGCUGCUGCUCCGAUAGAGCGAGUUAAGCUAUUGAUUCAGAAUCAGGAUGAGAUGAUCAAAACUGGUCGGCUGUCUGAACCAUACAAAGGAAUUUCGGACUGCUUUGCCCGAACAAUUAAGGAUGAAGGCAUUCUCUCUUUGUGGAGAGGCAACACUGCCAAUGUUAUCAGAUAUUUCCCAACCCAGGCCCUGAACUUUGCUUUCAAAGAUUAUUUUAAGAGGCUGUUUAAUUUCAAGAAAGACAAGGAUGGCUACUGGAAGUGGUUUGCUGGGAAUUUGGCAUCAGGUGGUGCUGCUGGUGCUUCAUCUCUUCUUUUUGUUUAUUCCCUAGAUUAUGCUCGAACACGUUUGGCUAAUGAUGCUAAAGCUGCUAAGAAAGGUGGUGGAAGGCAGUUUAAUGGUUUAAUUGAUGUUUACAAGAAAACCAUUCAAUCUGAUGGCAUUGCUGGGCUUUAUCGUGGAUUCAACAUCUCUUGUGUGGGAAUCAUAGUUUACCGUGGGCUAUACUUUGGAAUGUAUGAUUCCUUGAAACCUGUGGUUCUGGUUGGUGAUUUGCAGGAUAGUUUCCUAGCUAGUUUCUUGCUGGGAUGGGCAAUCACCAUUGGUGCUGGAUUGGCCUCUUACCCAAUUGAUACCGUGCGUAGAAGGAUGAUGAUGACAUCGGGAGAAGCUGUCAAGUACAAGAGCUCCAUCGAUGCAUUUAAUCAGAUCAUCAAGAAGGAAGGUCCUAAAUCACUCUUUAAGGGUGCUGGAGCAAAUAUAUUGCGUGCUGUCGCAGGAGCUGGUGUGCUCGCUGGCUACGACAAGUUGCAGCUCAUUGUUUUGGGAAAGAAAUACGGAUCUGGCGGUGGCUAAUAGGAUCAGUGAUGAUAAUGAUGAUGUUGAUGAUGAUGAAAGUAUGAGGAUUUAGGUUUACUAUAAUAUGUGUUUUAAAAUAAUUUUGUCCGAACAAUGUUACUUUUGAUAUUUCCCCAAGUAUUUAGGGAUUACAUAUUAGUUCUAUAGUACCAGAAUACCUGUUUGAGACUUCAUUUCAUGUUAUGUGUGCUUGAGCUUAUAUACUACAGCUUAUAUUUGCGUUUUUGGUGAGAAAAAUAAAUAUGACAUUGUUUUAAUGA